UAGAAACAUGUUGCGACCAGAGACAAAUGCGUGCUCCUAUAUAGUACUAUUCUGUAAAAAGAAAAAAACUGUUUCAGUCUAGGGACCUAAUCAUAAAAAUCGAAGACGUUUGAUUCCCGCACCACGAGUCCACGGCACAAGGAAAUGAAACAAUCCACGCGGAACGCCGCCGCCGCCAUUCCCAUGGUUUUCCAUGCUCGGUUGCGAGCCAGCAAUUCCAUUUCAGUGUCCUCCCUCGUCUCGAGACCUUGCCCCAUCCAGCCCAACGCUCCGUCCAUCAACUGAAUAGCUUGGCGGUGUAACCCUGUCGUGUGCGAUGAGCUCCUCGCCGUUGAUCACCGCCGCGGCGUCGGCUGCCGUGGUGGCGCUGGCUGUCGCCAACCGCGUGCUCUACAAGCUCGCGCUUGUGCCUCUCAAGGCGUACCCUUUCUUCCUCGCCCAGCUCACCACCUUCGGGUACGUUGCCGUGUACUUCUCGAUGCUCUACACGAGGUACCGCACUGGGUUGGUGACUAGAGACAUGCUGGCGCUCCCCAAGCACCGGUUCGUCGCUAUCGGUUUGCUGGAGGCACUUGGAGUCUUUGCUGGCAUGUCUGCUGGAGCUAUGCUACCAGGGCCUGCGAUUCCUAUACUGUCCCAGUCAUUCUUGGUCUGGCAGCUUAUCUUCUCUGCCCUGCUUUUAGGGAGGACAUAUUCGGCCAGACAAGUCAUUGGUUGCUUCCUAGUAGUUUCUGGUGUGAUUCUUGCUGUUGCAAGUGGAGCGGAUGAUGGCCAGCUUCUUUCAGAUGUAAAGUUAAUUUGGCCAGCACUCAUGAUCGCUUCAUCAGCAUUUCACGCUGGUGCAUCUAUUCUGAAGGAAGCUGUUUUCAUUGAUGGUGCAAAACGUCUUAAGGGGAAGCGGCCAGACAUAUUUGUGGUCAAUUCAUUUGGAUCUGGAUUUCAGGCUGUUUUUGUCUUUCUUCUUCUUCCAUUCCUUUCUAAUUUGAGGGGAAUUAAGUUUGCUGAGCUUCCUGCUUAUUUAAAUGGUGGUGCUGAGUGCUUCUUAAAUGUCGCAGAAAGUCCAAUCGACUGCGGAGGAGCUCCAUUCCUGCCUUUGCUGUUUAUAGUGGUGAAUAUGGCAUUCAAUGUCUCUCUCCUCAAUUUGGUGAAGAUGUCAUCUGCCAUUGUGGCUUCACUUACAGCAACAUCAGCAGUGCCAAUAUCGAUCUAUAUUCUUUCACUUCCUUUGCCCUACAUCCCUCAUGGCACGGAAUUAAGCACGUCUUUCAUCAUUGGUGCCGUGAUAUUGCUGAUGGGCCUGAUUCUGUAUAACCUUCCUCAAUCGUCACUGAAACAAUUGAAGGCUGAUUGAAGGCGAUAAAGCACCCUAGACUGUCAGGGAUUAGGUUUUAGUGGCGGCGACGGUUCCUCGACCGUGCGAGCGGCGGCGAUCUCAGGGGCGAGUGAGGGCAGGGGCUCCCCCCGAGGCGCGUGAUCGGCGGCGGCAACGCUCCCCCGGAUCGAGCGACGGCGAUGCCCUCGAGGCGGAUGAGCAGCGACGCACCCUAGGUUCGGUGGUGACGGUGGUUGCAUGAAGCGCGGUAGGCUUCGACAGUAGCGGUGGCAUCCAUGAGAGACAUGGGUGGCUUCGGCGGUGGCGCGAGGCGUGGUUGUCUCCGGUGAUGGCGUCUGGCGUCCUUCGAUGACCAACUCCUUCGAUUCGGUGGUGUUCUCCGACGACAACCUCCUCCAAUCCUUUGUUUACGCAUGCAGUUGUUGGUUGAACCCACACAAUUUUUUUUCAUUAAUUAUGAUGUACGAUGUAUAUAUUUAUGCAACUUUCUUUAACGAUUUAUGCUUCGCGCGGUAUGAGCCAUCCAACUUUUUGCGUGUA